ACUACUACUGGGCAAAGGCAUCCCCAUUAUAAAGGCUUCUCCUUGUAAGCUGUCGUUCAAUUAAAAUGAAAUAAAUCAACAACAGCAUUAGCACUUUCUCUUAACUGCACAUUUAAAUGAUACUGUUCUAUGAACAGCAUCUCAUUUUUCUUAUUUCGCAUUUUCAUAAAUGUUUUUAAAUUGUUUCACAGGUUCGGCGACGUGUAACCGUUAUUUGUUAUAUUCUGAUGCAAAUGGUUGGUUUAAAGUGCACAAGAUUCCGUUGACAUGGCAGGGCGCUUUCCUUAGGUGCCUCUACGAAGAUGCAAUUUUAGCGUCGCCUUUUGAUACAGAACUACAAAAAGCUAUGCUUGCUGCGAAGCAGGAAGCAGGAAUCGAUUCUCCAAUUUUUAUUGGAACGAAGGUGAUGUUCAAUUCAGCGGAUUAUUUGUCAAUCGAAGGAGUUCCCAUAGAAGACAUGCCUGUAACUGUGCCUAACACAAACGGCAGAAAACCUGAUGACUGCAUGAGCUUGGUUAGGGAGGGAGAAGUUGCAUUUACUUCUUGCACACAAUGGUUGCCAUACAUUUGCUACAAGGAAAAUUCAACUCAACUGAAGUACAACUCGGACUGUGGAACUUUUGAUCAAGAGUACCACUACAAUUCGGAGACGGAUAGCUGCUACAAGUUGCACAAGCAGGCAAGAGACUGGCGACAAGCAUAUGGAAUAUGCUUAGCAGAGGGAGGCCAUCUUGUUAUUAUCGACGAUGACAAAGAAGCCGACGUUGUGGUGAAAAUAUUGCAAGGAAAACCAAGGGACCUUAACUGGGAACUAUCACACGCUGGAUUCUUUGACUGGAACAAGGAUUUAUUGACGUUCCGCACUAUUCAUGGAGAAAAAAUGGAGUCUGUUUAUCACAAGUGGCACCUAAACCAACCCGACAACAAAGGAAUAAAUAUAUUUGGAGGAAUUUUGGAAAACGGUGAACUGGACGAGGAGUGGUCUACUCGGGAGGCUUACUUUGUUUGUGAGAAGAAUCCUAAAGUUGAGGUCUUUGAGCUGCCUGAAGACCAAUAUGAAAACGAAGUUUCAACAAAAAAAUGAAGCAUUGUGUUUUUAUUUCGUAACAGUAAAUAAGGCCAUGAGAGCUAUAACGUUGAUAACCAAAUCAAAUGUAUUUAGGUAUUUAUAUGUACAAUAUACGUAUAAUACCCAUAUGCGGGGGCUUGUUAUUAGCAACUUGUUAAAACUACAGUUUGUUACUACCUAUAAGAUGUUAUUAGUCUG